UCCCCUCCAGGCGGUUGCUGAGCGCUCUCGCUCACUGCAGAGGGGCCGGCGACGCCUUCUGGACCACAGGCCGCCCUGGCUGAGGUCCUGAACUGGCCUCCACCCUCCACCUCGGCAGGAGGGCGCUCCCGGACCCCCUCUUGCAUCCUCCAGGACGGAUCCCCCUCGCGCCCCUUCCGCUCGGGGCAUAUGUCCGCCACGCAUUCUGCUUGAACUAGGAAUGGUCAUGAUGGGGGUACUGAAGUGCUUAAGAACUCUGAACCCAAAGAUGUUAGUGAGGACUCCAUCGACAUCUCUGGAGGAAGGCCUGUAUCUCCAGGCUUGGCCAGUUCCCAGGACCGUGCCUGCCCUGCAGCUGAUGCGCAUGAACAGCAGAAACUCAUCUUUCCUGUAAAGGAGCCUGUAGCGCAUCCGACUCCAUUUCUCCCAAAUCUGAGAGUGACUCCCCGGUGACUUUGGCCGGCACAACCAGAGUGCAGGAAUCUUCUCUUCUUGUUGGCCACUAAAUGCCUAUGCGCACCACACAUCCUUCCAGAAGAUGGGCAGAGCUUCUUGGUUGAUGAUGGACAUUGCACCUGGCAGGAUGAAGGCAGAGUGUGUGACAUCGACACCACAAGGGUGCUGCGUGACCUUCCUCGUCUCCCUUCCCGGCCAGCUCUCUGCCUCCUGUCUCCACCAUGGUGUUUGGUGAGUUUUUCCAUCGCCCUGGACAAGACGAGGAACUUGUCAACUUGAACGUGGGGGGCUUUAAGCAGUCUGUGGACCAAAGCACCCUCCUGCGGUUUCCUCACACCAGGCUGGGGAAGCUGCUCACCUGCCACUCGGAAGAGGCCAUCCUGGAGCUGUGCGAUGACUACAGCGUGGCUGACAAGGAGUACUACUUCGACCGGAACCCGUCCUUGUUCAGAUACGUGCUGAACUUCUACUACACGGGGAAGCUGCAUGUCAUGGAGGAGCUGUGCGUGUUCUCCUUCUGCCAGGAGAUCGAGUACUGGGGCAUCAACGAGCUCUUCAUCGACUCCUGCUGCAGCAACCGCUACCAGGAGCGCAAGGAGGAGGGCCACGAGAAGGACUGGGAGCAGAAGAGCAACGACGUGAGUUCCGACUCCUCCUUCGAAGAGUCGUCCGUGUUUGAGAAGGAGCUGGAGAAGUUUGACAAGCUGCGCUGUGGCCAGCUCCGGAAGAAGAUCUGGAUUCUCAUGGAGAACCCGGGGUCCUGCCUGUCAGCCAAGUUCAUUGCCAUCUCCUCCCUGAGCGUGGUGCUGGCCUCCAUCGUGGCCAUGUGCGUCCACAGCAUGGCGGAGUUCCAGAACGAGGAUGGAGAGGUGGAGGACCCCGUGCUGGAAGGGGUGGAGGUCGCAUGCAUCACCUGGUUCACGGGCGAGCUCGCCAUCCGGCUAUUCGCUGCUCCCUGUCAAAAGAAAUUCUGGAAAAAGCCUCUGAACAUAAUCGACUUUGUCUCCAUCAUCCCCUUUUAUGCCACGCUGGCUGUGGACACCCAGGAGGAGGAGAAUGAUGGCAUUGAGAACAUGGGCAAGGUGGUGCAGAUCCUGCGGCUCAUGAGGAUUUUCCGGAUCCUCAAGCUGGCCCGCCACUCGGUGGGUCUCCGCUCUCUGGGGGCCACGCUGAGGCACAGCUACCAUGAGGUGGGCUUGCUGCUUCUCUUCCUGUCUGUGGGCAUCUCGAUCUUCUCUGUGCUUAUCUACUCUGUGGAAAAAGAUGACCAUACGUCCAGCCUCACCAGCAUCCCUGUCUGCUGGUGGUGGGCCACCAUCAGCAUGACCACCGUGGGCUAUGGAGACACUCACCCAGUCACCCUGGCCGGGAAGCUCAUCGCCAGCACGUGCAUCCUCUGUGGCAUCUUGGUGGUGGCCCUUCCCAUCACCAUUAUCUUCAACAAGUUCUCCAAGUACUACCAGAAGCAAAAGGACAUCGACGUGGACCAGUGUAGCGAGGACGCCCCGGAGAAGUGUCACGAGCUACCUUACUUUAACAUUAGGGACAUUUAUGCUCAGCGGAUGCACGCCUUCAUCACCAGUCUGUCUUCUGUGGGGAUCGUGGUGAGCGAUCCCGAGUCCACAGACGCUUCCAGCAUCGAAGACCACGAGGAUGCUUACAACAUGGCCUCCGUGGAGAACUGCACGGCAAAAUGAGCAGAGGCGUUCGUGCCUGUAUCUCAUGUCCCUUCCCGAUGUUAGGUUAACACAGCUUUAUAAACCUCAAUGGGUUUGUUAAGAUCAUUUAAUUCUCAGGGUGUACCUUUCAGCCAUAUCAUUACUCCAACAUGAGAGAAUUGUCUUUAUUUUUCUCAGAGAGGUGAAUUAAUUGCCUUGUUCUGAAAUUUAUUUUUUACAAGAGAGAGUUGUAAUAUGAUUUUGGAAAAAAAAAAAAAAAGAAGUAACUGGUAUGGGGCGGGAUUUUGAACGAUGGCUUAUGUUUCAUUCUAUGUUUGUCAUUUACUCACAUUGAGCUAACUAAUUAUUGACAAGUAGAAUCAAAGGCCCAGCUGACCGAAGACUACAUGCAUGUAAGAUCUGCAAAAUGAGACAAUGCAUGUAAAUCCAUGUUCACGUUCUAGACAUGGAAAUUAGGAGCCUAAUAAACUGCUUCAUGGCUUUGUUGUAUGCUUUUAUGUUGAGUUAGUACCUCGCAAAAUUGUGUCUCACGGAAAUUGGUCUUUCUGGAGCAUUGAGGGUCUUUGCUGUAUGUUUUUUUAAACACUUUUUUUAUUUUUAAAAGGAUUUUAUUUAUUCAUAUUUGCGUAGUAGAACUGGGGUGCAGGCCAGAGGUGAGGGGGUGAGAGGAUUCACCAGAGACAGAGUGGGGAGCAGAACAGGCAGAUCCACUGAAAUACACUGCUGAGGGGAGUAGUGGGUGCAACAGGAGAGGUCUGCUGUGCCAUAUGUGGUCAGCUCCCUGGUAGGGGAUUAAACUCAGACUGUUGCAGUGGUAGCGCAGAGACUUAACCCCUAGGCCACCAGGGAGGCCUUUUGUUAUAUGUUUUUGAACUUUGCUUAUAUUGAGUUGUUGGAAAAGAAAGUCAUGACAUAUUUUUUUCUAUGUUUUUUAUUGCAAAAAUGCAUCAUGACUUUUCCGACAACCCAAUAGUUCUGGUUUUUUCGUUCAGUCAAGUUGGUGGUGGUUGGCAGGUAGAUGGAUCAUGUACUUGAUCAGCCUGUACUGCCCAGGGUCAACUGACUAACCUGCACAUGUUUAGGGCAUUCUCACGUUGGCACAGAUAGAUGAAAAAUGCACCCUUACUGCUGUUUCCUAUUUAUAUUUUAUACUUUAUAAUUUUCGUUGAGAAGAGAAAACCUCAUCACCUGAAGAUUAUGCAGAGCAGAUGAAACCUACCCGCUCACAGGCAGCGCUCCAGGCAGUGAAUAGAGGAGAGGAGACAUGUUGUACAAACACGCAGAUGUUAUUCAUUGUGGCCAGGGGAGUGAAAUCUAAAUCGCUGAAAAGAGCUCUGCCAGCAACCAUAAAAUGAGCCGAUAUUUUAAAAUAGCCCUGAAGACCGUAGUGUCUGUGUGGUGUGCAGAAACCCCUCCCAGCAGAAGCCACAUGUGCACAUUUUCAGGGAAGUAGCAGAGGAAGUGGGUGCCCUGCAGAGAGAAAUUGGCUCAAGUUUUGAUUUUGGAGAUGCCCAGGACUCUAACUCCUAUGAUCACCUGGGCUGUGGCCCUGAGAUAUGUUGAAUGGAAGAGCUACAUGGAUCGAUCACCCCACCUUGUAUGUUUGUGGAUGUAUUUCUUGGGAGAAGGUCACUGUCUGCAGGUGAUCUGAUGAAGGGGAAGAGACUCAUCACCCCCGUAGCAUUUCUGUGACCUUUGAUUUAACUGGAUAGGGUUUGUGGUUACUUUCAGGUCUGGAGAUUUAUUUCCUGUAUAUGUGUCAUCCUUGCCUAUUUAAAAAAAGUUCCCAUUCCAGUGCCUUGGAUGUUGGUGUAAACAUAGUUUGGAAGCGUGACCUUAGAAUUUGAGAAUGCUUUUU